UAAGUGAGCUCCUCUGUAUUUUUAUUUAGGAUCUUUCCAGUUUUCCUUCUGGGUGUUUCUGGAUAUGAGUACAUGUCAUUGAAAUAGUCCCACCUCUACCUACAGACAAGGAAAAGGCUUGGAAGACCUCAGUCCACUGUGCCAACCGGACGUGAAUGACCGACUACUUCUUGCUUACUACUUGAAGUCAACUAAAUAGAAGUUCACAACACCUUUUAUAGAAUCCCUCGAUCCCACUGUGACCAAGGAAAUCGUAAUUGCAUGAGCAAUGAGCAGCCACCCCCUGAAGGAGAUGUCUGAUACUCACAGCAGCCCUCUCCUGGCAGAGCCUCUUGCCAACAGAUACAAACUCUACGAGUCAGAGUUUACCAGCCCUAGCUGGCCCUCCAGCCCCCAGGACACACACCCAGCCCUGCCCCUCCUGGAAAUGCCUGAAGAAAAGGAUCUCCGGUCAUCCAACGAAGAAAGCCACAUUGUGAAAAUUGAAAAACCCCAUGAAAAGAGUAAAAGAAGAGAAAGUGGAGCAGCCCACCGGGGCUCUGCAGGCCAGGGGGGCAUCAGUCUCUUCCAAGCCGUGGGCUACGUCACGGGCGAGAUGAAGGAGUGCAGGAGCUGGCUGAAAGAUAAGCCGCUGGCCCUCCAGUUCACAGACUGGGUCCUGAGAGGGACUGCUCAGGUGAUGUUUGUCAACAAUCCUCUCAGUGGAUUCAUCAUCUUCAUAGGACUUCUGAUCCAAAAUCCCUGGUGGACGAUUGCUGGGGGCCUGGGGACAGUGGUCUCAACCUUAACUGCCCUCGCCUUGAGCCAGGACAGGUCGGCCAUUGCCUCAGGACUCCAUGGGUACAACGGGAUGCUCGUGGGACUGCUGAUGGCCGUGUUCUCCGAGAAGUUAGACUACUACUGGUGGCUUCUGUUUCCUGUGACCUUCACAGCCAUGGCCUGCCCUGUUCUUUCUAGUGCCUUGAAUUCCAUCUUCAGCAAGUGGGACCUCCCGGUCUUCACGCUGCCCUUCAACAUUGCGGUGACUCUGUACCUGGCAGCCACGGGCCACUACAACCUCUUCUUCCCCACGAAAUUGGUGGAGCCCGUGUCUUCAGUGCCCAACAUCACCUGGACAGAGAUUGAAGUGCCCUUGCUGCUACAAGCCAUCCCUGUCGGGGUCGGCCAGGUGUACGGCUGUGACAAUCCCUGGACGGGCGGUGUGUUCCUGGUGGCUCUGUUCGUCUGCUCACCACUCAUCUGCUUGCAUGCAGCCAUUGGCUCCAUCGUGGGGAUGCUGGCAGCCCUGACCGUGGCCACGCCCUUCGAGGUCAUCUACAUGGGGCUCUGGAGCUACAACUGCGUCCUCUCCUGCAUCGCCAUCGGGGGCAUGUUCUACGCGCUCACCUGGCAGACCCACCUGCUGGCCCUCAUCUGUGCCCUGUUCUGUGCAUACAUGGGAGCAGCCCUCUCCAACAUAAUGGCGGUGGUUGGUGUGCCACCAGGCACCUGGGCCUUCUGCCUCUCCACCCUCAUCUUCCUGCUCCUGACAACCAACAACCCUGCCAUCUACAGGCUCCCCCUCAGCAAAGUCACCUACCCAGAGGCCAACCGCAUCUACUACCUUACAGUGAAAAGCAGUGAAGAAGAGAAAGCCCCCAGCGGUGGUGGUGGGGCGCAACCAGCUGCGACGAGCCCCAAGGCCGAUGAGGGCGCAGAGGCCGUGCUCCCCAAGCCCAGGAGCGUGUUCCACAUCGAGUGGUCGUCCAUUCGGAGGAGGAGCAAAGUGUUUGGAAAAAGCGAACAGCAGGAGAGACAAACCAAGGACCCUUUUCCCUAUCAAUACCGGAAGCCCACGGUGGAGUUGCUGGAUCUGGACACCAUGGAGGAGAGCUCUGAGAUAAAGGCAGAUACGAGCAUCUCCAAGACUUCCUGGAUUCAGAAUUCCAUGGCGGCCAGUGGGAAAAGGAUCAGCAAAGCCCUCAGUUACAUCACAGGAGAGAUGAAGGAGUGCGGAGAGGGGCUUAAAGACAAGUCCCCAGUGUUCCAGUUCCUCGACUGGGUCCUCCGGGGCAUGUCUCAGGUGAUGUUUGUGAACAAUCCCAUCAGUGGAAUCCUCAUCGUCUUCGGCCUCUUUAUCCAGAACCCCUGGUGGGCCAUCUCGGGCUGCUUGGGUACUAUUGUGUCCACUCUGACAGCCCUCCUCCUGAGUCAGGACAAGUCGGCCAUCGCGGCAGGACUUCACGGCUACAACGGGGUGCUCGUGGGGCUGCUGAUGGCCGUGUUCUCGGACAAAGGUGACUACUACUGGUGGCUUUUGGUCCCGGUCAUUAUGUCCAUGUCUUGCCCCAUCCUCUCCAGUGCCCUGGGCACCAUCUUCAGCAAGUGGGACCUCCCAGUCUUCACGCUGCCCUUCAACAUCACAGUGACCCUGUACCUGGCAGCCACGGGCCACUACAACCUCUUCUUCCCCACGACGCUGCUGCAGCCUGCGUCCUCCGUGCCCAACAUCACCUGGUCGGAGGUCCAAGUGCCCUUGCUUUUGAGAGCCAUCCCUGUUGGAAUCGGCCAAGUGUAUGGCUGCGAUAACCCCUGGACGGGAGGCAUUUUCCUUGUGGCUUUGUUCAUAUCUUCACCUCUUAUUUGCUUGCACGCUGCGAUUGGAUCCACCAUGGGGAUGCUAGCAGCGCUCACUAUCGCAACGCCCUUUGACUCCAUCUACUUCGGCCUGUGUGGCUUCAACAGCACGCUCGCCUGCAUGGCAAUUGGGGGCAUGUUCUACGUCAUCACCUGGCAGACACACCUCCUCGCCAUCACGUGCGCACUGUUUGCAGCCUACCUGGGUGCUGCCCUGGCUAACAUGUUUUCUGUGUUUGGAUUACCACCCUGUACCUGGCCCUUCUGCCUCUCGGCACUGACCUUCCUGCUCCUGACAACCAACAACCCCGCCAUCUAUAAGCUUCCACUCAGCAAAGUCACCUACCCAGAAGCCAACCGUAUCUAUUACCUGUCCCAGGAGAAAAACAGAAGACCAUCAACCAUAACAAAGUACCAAGCCUACGAUGUCUCCUAAGUUGCCCUUUCCAAAACAUGUCACUGUAAAUUCAGCCUUCGGCAGGCUGUGCACGUCCCCAGGCUGAAGGCUACUUAAGCUCGCCUCCUGCCUGUUCUAUGAUUCUCAUCCAAGCAAGCCUACACCUUAGUUAUUCUCAAUCACAGGGAAACAUGUAUGUAGUCACCAUUCAGGAACCUCUCUGUUCUAAGACGCACGACAGUUAUCAAGGAUAUGAUUAGUUUAGACUUGGCACAGCUCACUCCAUAAGAGUUUCCUUUGAGGGGAAUGUUCCCUCUCCUGCAAAAUAAGCCACAUCCCUAAAGAGAAUUCACCAAGAAGGGGCCAGAGUUUGGUAACAUGAUCACCCAACUCAGUCAUUUAAUGUAGUAACGCACAGUGUCAGGGAAUAUAGAUUAGUCUAGAAGGCAAAAGGGCUGAUUCUGGCCCAGCUGUGACACUAAUUAGCUUCUGCCAUCCUGGGUGUCAUUGUUUUCAUGACAGGGAAGGGACUCUCUAGUCCCUUCUACCUCAGAAGUAUUGAUUCAUCUCCCUCUCCUGUAAACUGACGGAAUCAGCAUGACCAACAAGUGAUUACUUUGAGUUAGGUAAGAGAUGGAAGGGUUGCCUGGAGAAGAGGCAGAACAAUUUUAAUGAUCUGUGGAGAGUUAUUCUUCAGUCCUGAGAAGAUGUUCUCUAGACAUGGGGUUAGGAACCUAAUUCACUGGAAAUGCCAACGUGCCUUCCUUUAUGUAACAGAAAUAUUUCCGAAAUGUCAUAAGAUGAAAACUGAUCUUUUUCAACAUUCAAAUCAUAUUUAAA